GUCUUAACACUCACACUCUGGUCACUGCCACGUCAUUCGGGAUGUGUCGGUUAAUGUUGUUGUGCUUUUCAUCAGCUGCUCUUGUCGCCUGUGGAGGCGAUGCUUCCCUUCCACCGUGUGACAGUCAAAUCUACUGCACUGGGCCCAUCUUGCAUCAAGUGCAGACAGCUAAACUGUUUGAUGAUGACAAGUACUUUGUCGACAUGAAGCUGAAGGCGGCGCCUGAUGUUGUUCUGUCGGCUUUUCAAAACCUUUCAAACGAAAUGCCAAAUGUGACGUUGCCGCCCGCCAAGCUGCAGGAGUUCCUCGAUGUGAACUUUGAGAAGCCGGGCUCCGAGUUUGAGCCGUGGACGCCACCAGACUGGCAUGACAAGCCUAAGUUCCUGGAAGGGAUAGCUGACCAAAACCUGCGUGACUGGGCUGAAAAGAUCCACAAGCUGUGGAAGUCUCUUGGCAGGAAGAUCCGUGCUGGUGUUAAAGAUCACCCUGAGCUCUACUCGCAAAUUUACCUCCCAAAUCCCUUUGUUGUGCCAGGAGGACGCUUCAGGGAAAUCUACUACUGGGACUCCUACUGGAUCAUCAAUGGGCUCCUGCUGUCGGAGAUGACAGACACGGCCCACGGGAUGAUUCAAAACUUCCUCUACCUUGUCAACAGAUAUGGCUUCAUUCCAAACGGUGGACGGGUUUACUAUGAAAGGCGCAGUCAGCCUCCAUUCCUCACUCUAAUGGUGGAGAGCUACUAUCAAGCAAGCAAGGAUAAAGAUUUCCUCAGAGAAGCUUUACCCACUCUGGAGCGGGAGUAUGGCUUCUGGAUGGAGAACCGCUCCGUGGCUGUGACUGUAGAUGGAGCACAGCACGUACUGAACCGCUAUCAUGUGGAGGUGGGUCUGCCCAGACCUGAAUCCUACACAGAUGACCUGGAAUUAGCUGAAGGACUCAGUGAGGCUCGUAAAGAGCAGCUCUGGAUGGACCUUAGAGCAGGUGCAGAGUCUGGUUGGGACUUCUCCUCCCGCUGGUACAUCGAUGGCGAUGGCCACAACAAUGGCACGCUCAAAGAGACACGCACCAGCCAGAUCCUGCCCACGGACCUCAACGCCCUGCUGUGCCUCAACGAGAAGACUCUGGCAUCAUUUCACAGGGUACUGGGUGAUGGUGACUCAGCGGCUGCGUACGACCGGGCUGCAGCCCGCAGACAGGAGGCGGUGGAGGCAGUGCUGUGGGACGAGGAGAGAGGAGCCUGGUUUGACUACAACCUGCUGACGCACUCGAAGCACUUUGAGUUUUACCAGUCCAACCUGGCACCUCUCUGGGCCCAGUGCUAUUCUCGGCCUGAGAUGGGGGAGAAGGCGGUGCAGUACCUGAAGACGAGUGGUGCUCUGCAGUUUCCCAACGGAGUUCCUACGUCGCUGAGAGAGUCUGGGCAGCAGUGGGACUACCCGAACGCAUGGCCUCCUUUACAGCAUGUCCUCAUCAGUGGUUUAUCUAAUCUGCCUUCGGAGGAUGCUCGGCAACUGGCUUUUGAUUUGGCCCAGCGUUGGAUCAAGACAAACUGGUUGGCGUACACCAAAUACGACGCCAUGUUUGAAAAGUAUGAUGUGAAUGGAGAUGGAAAACCAGGCGGUGGAGGAGAAUAUGAAGUUCAGCUGGGUUUUGGUUGGACCAAUGGUGUGGCCUUGCAGCUCUUGGACCAGUAUGGGGCGUCUCUCACCUCAGGAAGCCAGCAGGUGUCUUCUGGUGUCGCGCUGCCUCUGGUGAUCUCAGUCUCUCUCAUGCUCCAGUGAAUCAAGGCUGACAACAGUGAGUGUGACUGGAGGUUGCAAUGGGUUAUUAUUAUUCCUGGUUUGACUGCACUAUAUCACUCCUGCCACACACUACAGACCAAAUGAAAUAAAGUAAUCGGGUAUUUUUUCUGCAUCCCAUACAAUAAGGAUCUGUUUUAUUUGCAGACUAUAAAAUCUAUGUAAUUUAGAAUGAAUAUUUAAUUUGAUGAGAAUGUUGUGCUUUUAGAAGAUGCAGAUCAUUCAGGUUUUUCUCUUUCAGUUUAAAAACUCACGGAAAUAUAAUUACAAGACCUCAGAAAAUAUAAUUAUCAACGAACUUGGGCUCCAUGAAUAGGUUUUAUAUGAAAGAAGAUUAAUAACACCUGUGUAGACAAAAUCAGUGGCUUUAAUACAGCGUUCAAUUACAGAAAUCUGGCACAGAUUGUGGAACAUGCUCAUUAAUGGAAAGGGACAUUUUCUAGGCUUAACCAAAAUAACUAUAUUCAACACUUGUUCAAUGAUUGCGAGACAACCAAGGGCGUUUUAAAGAGUUUAGAUACUGUUAAUUAAUAUCAGCAGUGUUGGAUUUCAGCACAAAGGCACCACACACCUUUAUAUGUCUUUGUGUGAAAAUCUAUAUCCAGCAUGUGGAAGUCACAUGACUGCAAAAUGGGUAUUUGUAAAUACUAAUCACAAUCCUGCAUUAUUUUUGAAAUACUCAUAUUCACAGGUGCCAUUUAUGGUGGGGCAUUGGGUUUUAUUGAGGGUAUGGGGCAAUUUUGGACAAAAAAAAAUUAAUAAAAGAAAAGCCAUCCAAUAUGAUACCAGCGAGGAUACCAACACUUUACUAUCAAAAAGUAUAAUCACAUCAAGUUUGCAUCAGUGGCAACUUAACAUUGACAGAUAUUGGUGAGAUACAGUUAUGAAGUAUAUUACAUGCAUGCAUUGUUUUGAAUCACACAUGUUUGUACCCAACCCAAAAAUCACAAUUAUGUAGAGGAGUACUUCCCUAAAGUUAAAUAAACGGAUCAAACAGU